AAAGCUCUCAUCAUGUACCUAGUGGUGGUCAUCUCUCUUCUGCUGAACUCUGUUCAGAGUCGUCCUGUUGAGGACUUAACUGAAAAGAUGUCUGGGAAGGCUGGUAACAUCACUGAAAAAGACCAUAUGCCAGUGUCAGUUAUAAUUGAGACCAACAAACAUGCAGGCCAUGGAGUGGACGGGGCCUUGAUCACGUUUGGAGACAUCGCCGUACCAAAAGGCUUCCAGAAUGCAGAUCGGUGCACAGCUCAUAGAUGCAAAUGGAAGAGAAGCAGAAAUGGAUUAGUCUAUGUGCCCUACGUAAUCGCCAACCAGUACUCUCCAGAUGAAAGAGGUGUGAUUGAACGAGGCUUACAGUCCUUUGCGGAGGUUUCCUGCAUUCGAUUCGUACGACAUGAAGGGCAGAGGGACUUUCUCCACAUACAGUCUAAUUCUGGUUGCUACUCAUAUUUGGGGCGCCAAGGUGGAGGACAAGUUGUUUCUCUACAAAGGCCUGGGUGUGUCUAUCAUAGUGUUGUUCAGCACGAACUCCUUCAUGCUCUCGGGUUCCACCACGAACAGAACCGUAGCGACCGUGACAAACACGUCAAAAUCAUUCUUGAGAACGUCAUACCUGCACAGCAGUACAAUUUCGAGAAAAGUGACACCAACAAUCUGAACACCCGAUAUGACUACAACUCUGUCAUGCACUAUCCAAGGAACGCUUUCUCAAGGAACAAUGAGCCAACCAUAAUUCCCAUUCCUGAUAAUAGUGUUGUGAUUGGCGAAGCUCAAAGAAUGAGCCCCAAUGACAUCCUGCGGAUUAACAGACUCUACUGCCGUUGAGCAAAGGAUGUGUUUUAUGACAGAGUUCAUCUUUUUUCUGCAUUCUUUUUCAAGCCUUCCUAUUUUCUUCUGCGGUAAAGAUUUGUGUGGCAGAAAUGUUGUUGUGUGUUUUUUUUUUUGCCUUUUGCCUUUU